UGGCGGAUUUGCUGUGAGCAGCUGUCAAGGGAGAAAAGUUGUUUCUGGAUUCACCAUGGCUCUAGCAGCAGUAAAAUGGGCAACAUCAGGUAGAACUCUCUUGAGACAUUUACUUCCAAUUCAAAAUGGAGCUUUGUAUUGUGUUUGUCUUUGCAAAUCUACGUUUUCUUCUCUUCCAGAUGACUAUAAUUGCAAAGCUGAGCUUGCUUUAACGUCUGAUGGAAGGACAAUCGUUUGCUACCACCCUUCUGUGGACAUUCCGUAUGAGCACACAAAACCUAUUCCUCGACCAGAUCCUGUGCAGAAUAAUGAAGAAACAUAUGAUAAAGUGCUAAAGACCAGAUUACAAGAGAAAAAUGUAUGUUCUGAGCAAGGACCCAUGAUAGAACAGCUGAGCAAAAUGUUCUUUACUACCAAGCACCAUUGGUACCCUCGUGGACAGUAUCAUAGACGUCGCAGGAAGCUGAAUCCUCCAAAGGACAGAUGAGAUUGAGUUUUUGGAAUCAGGGAAAUGUUACUGUUUAAUUGGCCAUUUGAGAAAACACAAUCUGAUAUAUCACUGCUAU